GUCGAAUUUAUAGCAAAUCACCAACACUGGACUUUGACGUCUAUAUCACACUACUCAUGGAGUCCACUGCUAGACUGCUCUCUGCUGAAGAGCAGGAACCUGGAGGAUUCUCAUUCAAACACCAGAAUGAACUGACCAAGAGCAAAAGAUCAAUCCUAUUAUGGCUAGGACUGAUACCCAUCCUCAUCCUUACAAACAUUAUGUCCUAUAUUGCUGGAUCUUCACGAUCAACGGUAGAGCCAGACAACCCAGCAUCUUACAUAAAUAUAGACACAACACCGAAACCAUUCCACUGGACAACAGAAUACAGCUCAACAGAAAACAAGUCUCAUACAGAGGACCUCUGGGAGCAGAUCCAGCCAUCUCACGGGUUUAUAGCCGUCGACAGAACCUGGGCACAGCAUAAUGGUUGGCCAGAGAGUAUGUAUCUUCCCUCCGACAGGACGAAAGGAGUAUAUCUGUUGGAAGCAUACCAUUAUCUACACUGCCUGAAAAUACUCCGCAAGACCUUCUGGGAAGCAGUCGACGGAAAGCCCUACACGCAUCAUGCCCCGGGAGCACAUAUGAAUCACUGCUUUGAUGCAUUGCGGCAGUACGUUACUUGCAACGCCGAUACCACACCUUUAUACACAUUUGGCGAUUUCACAGCAGGCGAUGGGCAGACUCACCAGUGCAAAGACUGGUCUCAGGUACGGGACUACGCAACAAGGAAUACAGCCUGCUACAGGGAUAGUGUAGAGCAUAUCCCGCUAGGAGAGCAUUUCGGGUUCUGCGAUGAUGGGGGCGAUGGCGUUAUUGAAUUGGGUUGAUAUUACUAUACUUACUUUACUUGAUUGAGUAGCGCAAUGUCCAAGAAAAAUAGGUAAUAUAGAGCUCCGCUAGUUAUGAAUCAUGUUCCAAAUGGAACGGAACAAAAGAACCCUCGAUAUCAAACGCCCUC